CUUCAUCGUGCUCAUCAGUCGCAAACACGACGAACCAAAUCCGAAACUGGUACAGCAUCAUGAACGCCAAGGUGGUGGUUCUCUUCGCCUUAGUGGCGCUCGCUUUCGCUGAAGAAACGAAAAGCGACACAAAGAAGAUUGAGACCGCAAAGAAAGAUAAGCGUGGUCUUUAUGGAGCUUUAGGCUACGGUCUUGGUGGGUUGGACUAUGGUCUCAAUGGAUUAAAUACGUACUCGUCCCUUCCGCUCACCAGCGUGAGCCACGGUGUUUCUACUGUCUUGACGAAGGAAGUUGCUGUACCCGUGCCCCAACCAAUUGCCGUACCCGUCGAGAAACACGUUCCGGUCCCGUAUAAGGUGCCAUACGCCGUGCCUGUGGACCGUCCGUAUCCCGUCCAAGUACCCAAACCCUACCCAGUCGAAGUCACCAAGCAUGUUCCAGUCGCAGUAGACCGCCCCGUACCCGUUCCCUUCAAUGUUCCAGUUAAGGUUCCAGUUCCCGCCCCGUACGCCGUCAAGGUGCCCCAACCCUACGCUGUCCCCGUCGUCAAACACGUGCCGGUACCAGUUGAGCAGCCGAUCGUUUACACGAAAUUGCACGCUGGUCUUGGAUACACCGGUCUUGGAUAUAACGGAUACAGUGGAUACAGCGGUUACCCGAGCUAUGGAUACUCUUCUUGGUAAAAUGGCAACCCUGAGAGCAACGCUCUUCAUCAUCAACGCAAAGCAUCACUUGGACCGCUUGGAUCUUUCAGAGCUUUUAGUGUUCAUCUUCUUUAGAAAAGCGUUCCCAAAGAUAGAUAUAUAUAUUAAUAUGUGUUAAUAUAUAUACUUCUUCGUCGACAAUAAGUGUAAUUACAGUGAAUACUUCACGUUUCGAAAAUUAAGAAACAAUUUGGAGAGUUUUUCAUGUGGGAUUCUUCU